CGUCCUCUCGUCGUCGUCCACGGCGGCCCAGCGAUCCCCAGCACUGAUCUCUACGCUCACGCCGAGCAUCAUUCAUCACGUGGCAUCCCGGUCGUCUUCUACAAUCAACUCGGAUGCGGCAAAUCUACCCAUCUCCCCAACAAACCCAAGUCUUUCUGGACUGUCCAACUCUUCAUGGCCGAGCUCGACAGAGUCAUUUCAUACCUCGAUAUCUCCACCAACUGUGAUCUCUACGGCCACUCUUGGGGCGCCACGCUCGUGUCCGACUAUGUUGCUACUAUGCAGCCGAAAGGACUUCGACGCCUCAUCCUCGCCGAUGGUCCAGCCUCUAUGAACUUGUUCAUGGCUGCGGCAAACAAACUCGUCGACUCCGAUCGCUACCCGCCAGGGUUUGGAGACAUGAUGAGGAAGUAUGAGGGGGAGGGAAAUACCAUUGAGCGGGAGUAUCGUGAUAUGGUCAAGCAGUACACACAAACCCACAUUUGUCUCGUGGACCCCUGGCCGCAGCACUUGAAAGAUGCAUUCGCUGAGAUGGCUCAGGAUCCUACCGUUUUGAUCGCGUUGUUUGGGGAGUACGAAUUGAGUUGCAACGGCAACGUCGAGAAAUGGUCGGUCAUCGGCCGUCUUCACCGGAUCAGUUGUCCGACACUUGUAAUCAAUGGAGUAGAGGAU